UUACGACAUAACGGACGACGCACGGCAGGCUGCUCGGACAGCCUUUACUCCAAGGACAACGUCAAGAUUCCACUUUAUUAAUACUUAAUUUAACUUUAUUCACCUAUCCAACUACCACACCGACGUUGGGGUGUCGCCCAACUUAUCACAUGGCCAACCCACUAAGACGUGACGUUAUUAGGCUUUACAAAAACCUGCUGUAUCUCGGUCGGGAUUACCCGGAGGGGUCGGCCUUUUUCCGAGAACGCCUCAAAUCGGCCUUCAUGAAGAAUAAAGACGUGACGGAGCCCGAACACAUCAAAAAGCUCGUGGGACGCGGAGAGUUUGUCAUCAAAGAGCUGGAGGCCCUCUACUUCCUCAAGAAAUACAGAGCCAUGAAAAAGCGCUAUUAUGACCCAGAAACAUAAUUGCACCUAGGAUGUCAUUAUUAUUUUAUAACUAUGAAUUUCUAGCCUGGACUACAGUGAAGAAUGGUGCUGUCCAUUUUUCACAAUUAUUCACAUUGCAGAUAAUUCUGCAGUGUGUUUUUACACAUGCACUCAAGGACACACACACACACACACACACACACUCAAAAAUGAACAAUUUAAUGUCACUUGAUUUUAAGGUAUUGUUCAAGUCGCUUGUGCAUGUUGAGUACACAAACAGCUGCAGGCAUUGUGUGAGAGUAAUGUGGAAGCAGCCAUAAUUACACAACUGUAACUGUUAAUUUAUUGCUCCCAACAAACCAUAUAGCCAUACAUUCUUCGUAAGGAGGGUGAUCUAUGGAUUCAAGGGGAAUUUGUGACAAAUAAAUGUAAAUGUAUGUACAGUAAAUCUGUGUAUAAUACGGACUGUUGAACAACAAAAUAAAUGUGCACAAAACAGAGGCCUCACGUACUUGGAUUAACUUCAUAGUGUUUGCUAUGGUGAAUAAUUGGCGCAUAAAAUAGCCACUUUGUGUGACAUAUCAAUCAAUAAAAAGACACAUUUGCAAAGAGAGUAUGAUAUACUUAGCUUCAACGAUGGUUUAUGACCUACAGAGCCCUUUUCAAUGAUCUAGAACAGUGAUUCCCAACCACUGCGUGAGAGGUCAUCAGGUGUGCCGUGAGAAAUUAUUCAUUUCCCGCCCCCCCCCCCCCCCCUUUUCAUUUUCAUGACAAUUAUUACUUAUAACAUGUUUCUUCAUCUAUAUCUAUCCAGCGAUGUAGUACAAUUAACCUGUGUUUCCCUUUGUUGCCAUUUAAGUAACAGAAUAAUAGUUUUGUGUUCAACUAAACCGGUCCAGAUUUCACAGAGUAAAACAAAUUGGGAGUAAAUGGAGAUGAGAUCAUCAUUCCAUAUACAUGGGAAACACUGAUCUGCAAUGACAUAAGUUACAGAAUCCUACAUGGAAAAUAAUAUGGAUCUCAUGCAAGCGUGUUGCAUUUCAUUUCAUGUAGUCCAGC